AUGUGCGACGCAAAUCAAUCUCCGCCGUCGUCUCAUCGUGAAGGGCCUCGACCCCGUGCCGUACAAAACGUUAUUCCCGACUCCGCGAUUUGCCAGGCUACAAAUGACUUUCGCAGAACCUCUGCCGCCGCCACUGCGACAGAGAAUAGAGGAGAGGAGCGGGACGACGCAGAGGGGAACGACCGGGAGGAGGAGAGCUCCGAGUCCCAAGGCGCGUCGGCGGAGCGGGCGAAACAGGAAGAGCAGGAGCGGGAGCAGCAGCAGCAAGAGGGGGAGGGGCAGCAGCAGGGCGGCGAGUUGAAGCGUCCAACCACCCCGCUGCCUUGUCCCCGUUGCAAGAGUCUCGCUACCAAGUUUUGUUACUUCAACAACUACAAUCCGAACCAGCCGCGCCACUUCUGCCGAGCCUGCCAGCGCUACUGGACAGCCGGCGGAAAUUUGCGAAACGUGCCCGUGGGUUCCGGUCGGCGAAAAAGCAAAGUCGCGCUACACCCGCAACAGCAACAGGGUAACCAGCAGCACCAGGCGUCGCAUCAGGACGCUCAGGCUCAAGCUCUUGCGCCCGGCGAUCCAGCCGCCGGCGUCUCGCCAGCAGCGCUGCUCGCCGCAGCUGCGGCGGCGGCGGCGGCAGCGACGGCAGUCCAUUCACCUGCCGUAGCGGCAGCCAAUCCGUUGAUGCCAGGUGUCGCCAGUCCCUUUCUCUCUGCUCUUCCUGGCGCGUCCCACGCUCUCUCCGUGCCCUCUGCGGCUUUGCCCGGAGGCUACGGUCUUCCCCCCGCCGCGCUUUCUCCGCACGGAGCUGCCGCCGCCGCCCUUUCCCCGCUGCCCCCCAGUGGCGCAGCGAUUCCCCAGGCAGAUCUCUUGCGCCAAGGCGUUCCCCCAUACUCCCCGGGUCUCUCCGCGGGUCUUUCCCCCGCCAAUUCCGCCUCUGGUUCCACCUCCCCUCCGCUCCUGCAUCAAGCGCUUGUAGCUUCUGGCGCUGCUGCUUUGCCCCCUACCUCUGCUACAGUCCCUGCAACCGUCCCUGCGACAGCUGCUACUCAAGCUGCGGCUACAGCUGCCGGGCAGCACAAGAGGCCACUAGGCAGUGGUGGUAACCAGAUGGUGGACUAUCUUGGCAGGAGCCCUCCUGAGCAGCAGCAGCAGCUUGGGGUUGGGGGGGAGGAGCCUGCUGCAAAGAGGCUGUGCUUGGGGGCUUCUGGAGGUGAUGUGGGAGAUGAUGGAAAGGACAAGGCUGGGCAAGAGGGUGUUCAUAGUAGGAAGUUCCUCAAGGCGAACCCUGUAGCGAUGAUGAGAUACAUGGUGUUCCAGGCUAAUGGUUGA